AUGGUUCUCCUGUGGAUGAUCCUGUUGGUGGUUCUGCUCUGUGCAGAGGCCGAGAAUGUGACCGAGGUCAGAGGAGAGCUGGGGACCAAUGUCAAUCUAACCUGCUCCAAUCAGACAUCAGACACACACUGGUACAUGGAGAUCUACAGUCAGUUCAGAGCAUGUAUCGGCCGCAGUUUUUCUUCAGCAGGCUCUACCUACUGCUCUCCUGGUUUUGAAACCAAAUUUUCAGUCCUGGGAAACAAACUUGUGAUUAAGAACUUUACAGCAGAGGACUGCAGGCUUUACUUCUGUGGCAUCAGGAGAGAUGGCAAUAUUCAUUUUGUGGAGACUUUCCACCUCGUCUCAGAUCCAAAAGCUGAACAUAAGAGCGAAAACCAGCAGAGUGGUCAUGUCGUCUCUAUCUCUCUGAGCUUGAAUGCUGCACUUGUUUUUGUGGUAAUCUGUCUGAGUUGUGUGUCGCUGUCUCUGAAGAGGAGAAUCAGCAAGUAUCAGGCAAACCUCCCUCCAGCUGGGACCAGUGAGGGGCUGGAGACUCCACAGGUAAGUCAAAGUGUACAGGUGACCCUGCAGCUCCUGCUCAUUGUUCUCCUUCAGUGCUACUUUGUCCUGUACUCAGUGCUGCUGUUGUGUUUCAGUAUGAGGAGAUCCAGCUCCCCCAUCGAUCUGCUGCUGCUGAGAGUGUUUACUCUCAAGUUCAGCUUCCUCCCUUCACAUUGCCUCAAAGCUGAUGGACACACCUGGACAGGUGGAUGAUAGCUGCUGGAUUCAGAUUUUGUAGACAGAGGUCAGUCUGAUGACUGAGGACUUGCUGCUCCUCUGCUCGUGGGAGGAUUUCUUUCUUCAUGUCAAGUGUUAGUUUCUUGGACGACAGGACAUCAAGAAAAUCCUGUAAGAUCAUUUGAGUCAGAUUCAAAUUAAUGUGACCUUUAAGGUUAAACCAGGUUUAUCCUGCUUUAAGGUGGUUUAGGAUUUAAGGUAGAUAAGCCUCAAGUCAAAGCUUCUGUGAAAACCUGUAAAAAAAAAAAAAACUCAGUCCAACAUUUCAUAUUUAUUUGAAUCCUCCCUGUCUGUAUUCUUUAUCAGUUUUAGUUACUAUAUUUGAGCUAUUUAGUUGUUUAUGCAGAUCUGAACACACAAAUUUUAAACACAGUCCCAUUUCCAAAAGAAAAAAGCUGACAUGAUGAUUAAAGUCUGAAAAGAAGCAGAAUGGAGUGAUUUACAGUUAAAUCCCAAACAGAACUGAAACUACGAAAAAGACAACAUAUCAAAUAUUGACUGUGAGAAAAUUGAUUUUUGAAAGUCUUUAAUUUAACCUCCUAAGACCUGAACUCUUUCAUGGGAUGCAUUUUUAAUUUCUCCUUGCUAUUUGGGCUGAUUGGGACCUGAUGAAUGUAAAAACAAAGAAUUACCUGAUUCUUUUUAACCUAAUUUUUGUUUCUGAGAAAAAUGAGAUCCACAUAUGAGGACAUUCGGUUUAAAUUUCAAUAGAACAGUGACAAUAUAACGUCCUCGUAAGUGGAUAUCAGGCCCUUGUAGAGCAAAAUUUAGUAUUUUGGUCUAAACAAUCCAAAAUGUGAUGUGCACAUAUGUGGACGCCGCGUCCUGGGAGGUUAAAUGUGACACAGUAACAGAUUUUAAAAAAUUUUCAGUUCUGGGUCAUUUUGACCCAGUAAUACGAGUCUCUUGUCUUUUGGUUCUUCGAGUCUUGUUUGUUUAUCAGGUUCUCUCUGUUUUUUCUAUUUCUUAGCCCAGUAUGAUUAUACUCCUGAAUUUAUUCUGUAUUUAUAGUCUGUGAUUCCUCCCCUUUUUAGGUCAGCCUUGUCUUCAUGUACAUCUGUCUGUUCCUCUAGUCCUCUGUGUUCUUCCUGUUUUACUUUGAUAGUCUCUCGUCGGUGUGGGUCAUGUUCUGUUUUGCUCUUCCAUGUUUUGUCAGUGUAAUUAGCGCCAGCCGUGUUUCCCAGGUGUUUCCUCUUUGCCGUGUUUCCCUCUUGUAUUUAGUGUCUGUGUCUUCCUAUGCCCUUGCGCUUCC